GGAAGUGAAACUAUUCCCCAGUCACUGGAACCGAGAGGGAAAAUGGCGCAGCAACAACCUCGACUUGAUCAAGAGAGAAUAUCCUGUUCGAUCUGUCUGGACCUCCUGAGGGAUCCAGUGGCUAUUCUUUGUGGACACAGCUACUGUCAGAGCUGUAUUCAAAGUUUCUGGGAUGAAGAGGACCAGAAGAAAAUCCACAGCUGUCCUCAGUGCAGAGAAACCUUCACACUGAGGCCUGUUCCGGUGAAAAACACCAUGUUAGCAGAGUUAGUGGAGGAGCUAAAGAAGACUGGACUCUAUACUGCUCCUGGUGAUCACUGCUACGCUGGAUCUGAAGAUGUGGCUUGUGACUUGUGCACGGGGAGUAAACUGAAAGCUCUCAAGUCCUGCCUGAUGAGUAUGGCCUCUUAUUGCAAGAAACACCUCCAGCCUCACUACGAUGCAGCUCCUCUAAAGAAACACGAGCUGGCCGAGCCCUCCAAUAAGCUCCAGGAGAACAUCUGCCCUCUCCAUGCUGAGGUGAUGAAGAUGUUUUGCCAGACUGAUCAGCAGUGUAUCUGUUAUCUCGGCUCUAUGGAGCAACAUAAAGGUCACGAUACAGUGUCAGCCGCAGCAGAAAGGGCUGAGAGACAGAAGAUGCUUGAGGAACAUUGGCAACAAAUCCAGAGGAGAAUCCAGGAUGGCAAUGAGAUGAAGAAGCUCCAGCAUGAGGUGGAAGACACCAAUCACGCUGCAGAUAAAGCAGUGGCAGACAGUGAGAAGAUUUUCACUCGGCUUCUCCGUCUGAUUAAGAAAAGAAACUCUGAAGUGAAGCAGCAGAUCAGAUCCCGGCAGAAAACUGAAGUGAGUCGAAUCAGAGAGCUUCAGAAGAACUUGGAGCAGGAGAUCGCUGAUCUGACGAGGCAAGAUGCUGGUUUGGAUCAGCUCUCACGCACAGAAGAUCACAUCCAUUUUCUGCAAAAUUACCCCUCGCUGUCACACCUCAGUGACCUUACAUUCUCCUCCAGCAUCAAAAUCCAUCCUUGGAGGCACUUUGAGGACAUGGUGGCAGCUGUGUCAAAGCUCAGAGAUGAGCUACAGAUCAUUCUGAGAGACAAACGGGUGAAAAGCUCACAGACAGAGACUGAAGUGGAUGUUUUACUGCCAGAUCCAGAACCAAAGACCCGAGCUGACUUCUUAAAAUAUUCAUGCGAAAUCACCCUGGAUCCAAAUACAGCCAACAGAGAGCUGUUGUUAUCAGAAGGGAACACAAAAGCAACAUGGGGGAGCCGGGAACCGUUUUGUUGCAAUCAUCCAGACAGAUUCAUCGGAUGUGUCCAGGUUCUGAGCAGAGAGAGUCUAACGGGUCGUCAUUACUGGGAGGUGAAGUGGAGCGGAGAAGGAGUUUAUAUAGCAGUUGCAUACAAGAAUAUUAAGAGAAGCGGGCCGUGGAAUGAAUGUGGAUUUGGAUACAAUGACAAGUCCUGGGCAUUAGAUCAUUUUGGCAAUAAUUAUUCAUUCACGCAUAACAACAUGUACACUCCAGUCUCAGGUCCUUGGUCCUCCACCAUAGGAGUCUAUCUCAAUCACAGUGCAGGUAUCUUGUCCUACAGUGUCUCUGAAACCAUGACUCUCCUCCACAGAGUCCAGACCACGUACACUCAGCCGCUACACGUUGGACUUUGGUUUUAUAGGUUUGGAGACUCUGCGAAGUAUGUAAAAUCAACUGUCAAUCAAACAGUGUGGUUGAGGCUGUCACACAAUAGAUCUUUUUCUGUCGCUGUUUGUUCGAUUUGUUCGAUAGUUCUUUUCUAAAGACAGUAACCUUUGUUUUCCACAUGAAAACGCAAACCACGUCAGGCCCAUAAGUAUUUGGACACCACUCCGUUGGCAUUUGAAUGAAACAAUCGAGAUGUGCUUGUAGUGUAGCUCAUUAUUGUUAAAUCAAUGGGCGUAACAAUAUAUUUAUAUUAAACACUUAGGAAUCAUCAAUAUUUGGAUACAGUACACAGUGCCUCUAUUUUCAAAGCCCAAAAGUAAUUGGACUAACUGAAUAUAAGCAUUAGCUUUAAAACAAUGCAUCAUUUUCAUAGCCGGUCUGUGACUUAAUUUCCAUCUAUCAUUAAGAUCUUCAUGCAUCCUUCCUCAUUUGUCAUAUUGUGUCACUUCUUUCCAUCAUACUGCUUUUGGUCAGUCAGCUUUCUUUGUAAAAGCCACAACUCAGUGGAACGCUCUCCCUGAUAGCAUUAAGAACUCUGAUUCUAUCGGA